CUGGUAGCAGCCAACGAAACCCUCAUCAUUCAAUCACCCUCGAACGAUGACCUCAGCCAGAGCCUUUCCGAGUACACCGAUGCGGACGAAAGCAUCUCGGCCCCGACCGAACUACUCGCCGAGUUCUUGUCCGCGGUGAUGUUACGCGAUUACGUGAACGCGCUCAAAUAUUGCAAGCUAAUUCUGCAAUACGAACCGAACAACAGCACGGCCCGGGACUUCUAUCCACACAUCCUGUCCAAGAUAGCGUUGGAGGCUAGCAACAACGGCAGCAGUGGAGCAGGUGGACCUGGCGACUUCGGAACUGACCAGCAGCAGUCGGGUGAAAGCGAUGAAAACGACAACUUCAACUACAGUACCUCGUCGUCCAACUCGGACGACAUCAACCUGGACGAGGUGGUCAUGGUGUGCAGCAGCGAGAGCGAACAGUCAUCGAACUGCAGUUCGUAUCUGGAUUACUCGAACAGCAGCAGCAACAGCAGUGGCGAGAGUAACAGCGGAGGCGAACUGGACGAGCAAGCGUUGAAUCGGAUCAACAGUAACAGUACGGAGUCGGAUCAGAUGCCAUCGUCGCAAUCGGCCACCGAUAACAAUACGUCGCAUUCGUAUUCGAGUUUACUGCUGGAGGAGGAAGAGAAGGACCUGACGCUGUCGGAUAUCUCCAAUCUGAACAUCGAGGAUGAUGAGAAUGAUUCCGGAGAUGGACCCGAUGCCACCCCGUCAUCCACCAAGCAGGACCCUCAUCAACCGCCCUUGGCUCAAUCCACCAAAGCUCAACCGCAGCCAUCCGUCUCGGUUUCGGCAACUUCGUCGCCCAAAUCCCAACCGCUGGCAUCGAAGAUAGUGGCCAUGCUGCGCGCCCGAGUCAUACCUUCGCGACACUACUCGACUAACGAUUAGAAACGUUCCUGUCUUUCUCUCAAAUUUCUCUUUCGCACUCACAGUUCUAGUGCUAGUCUAUCUUUCAAGGCAGUUUAGCGUGUAAGUGUGUGUGUAAUGUAGGCACAAAUUUGCUGUAACAAACAAUAUCUCCAAAAAAAACAGAACAGAACAGAACUUAGGGCCUUGCUAUAUAUAUUUACAUACAUAAAACUAUAAUUGAACAAAAUCAGUCCAAAGAAACCCAUAAAACUGUUGUUUAGCGUGUAUUUUACUUCUAUAUAACUUUUACUCCACCAUAAAUCGGUAUACUCUUGGAAAAUUGGCUGAUAUUUAAUCCCUUUUCUAUACCUGAAUCUAGAGUGAACAACGCCCGCGAGUAGCGCACAUGUUGCACACGUGUGUUAAUGCAACUGAUAUGCGACCAAGUUUUGUCGUAUAAGGGUUGCACAUUGCACUGACAAAAACUGUGAUUGUGACAUUGUGUUGCUGAGGCGCUAGAAGCGUAACAAUCCUAAUCCUACGCGGUACGAUCAGUUGGCAAAAAGCAAGCGGAAACCAGUAGAACGAGUUAGUCGAAAAGCUGCUUAAUUUUCACUUGUAGAACCUCUUAUUCCAACCAGGAUAAUCACCACUCUGGCAUUCAGAACCCCCAAUCAUCAUCAAAGCGAGAGACCAACUUCUUCUAAACGGAGGAUAGAAAUCAUUAAACAAUUUUAGGUACAUUUACAGGAGAACUAUUAUACUAUAUAGAACCGUAGUGGGGAGAGCACAGGAAGAGAGCGUUAAGAGAUCGAGCUAUAAGGGCAAUAGCGACGUAACACGAAAUGACUGAUCAUUUAUCACUUUAGGUUCUGGAUCGAUUUUUAGACGGUAGUGAGUAGAUAAGCCUCCAUUUGAGAAAACGAGAGAAGUGCAAAUUUCUGAUCUCUGAUUGAAGUUCGUAUUCGAUUCUUUGUCAUUCGCACAUAUCUAGAGAGUGAAUAGCUAGUUCCUUAAGAAUGUAACUUAUUUGAAGGAAGAUUAAGAAAAAAAACACUAACAGAGAAACGAGAUCUCGCAGGAAAAGUUGCACUGCACAAAAAAAACAAACCAAUGAAACAAUAUACGAACCAGAGUGCAAAUCCGUGCUGACCUACAACAAAGUGCAGUAAACGAGCAUACAAAACUUAAGUGCGAUUGUUUAACUAGUUAAAUCUUUUCCGUUUCGGAUUAUGAUCAAUAAUAACGGCAUAAUUUUACUCACUAUAUAUUGGAAAUUUUGCCAUUAUUAGAUGGGAUUAGAAGUACGACAGUCCCAAUACAAUGGAAUAAUACACAAAUGUAAUCUCAUCAUCGUGUGUACCAGAAAAUGUAAUAAAGUGUGAAAUUAAAACCAAUAAAAAAAACUACAGAAGGGCA